CAAGACGUGAUGCGUAAGAAGAAGAUCGUGGAAGCGGACCGCGCGAAGCUCGUGCAAGUGAUGGCAGAACUAGAUGAGAAGAAGAAGAAAACGCUGGUCACGGCGUGCGAGCAGGUCAACAAGGACUUCGGCUCCAUCUUUAGUACAUUGCUGCCCGGCGCGCAGGCAAGACUCAAGCCGCCUGAUGGGCUUACGGUGCUGGACGGGCUGGAGGUGAAGGUGGGCUUCAACAACACGUGGAAGGAGUCGCUGGGCGAGCUCAGUGGCGGCCAGCGCUCGCUGGUGGCGCUGUCGCUGGUGCUGGCCAUGCUGCUGUUCAAGCCUGCUCCUCUGUAUAUCCUGGACGAGGUGGACGCGGCCUUAGACCUGUCGCACACGCAGAACAUCGGCCAUAUGUUGAAGCAGCACUUCACGCACUCACAGUUCAUUAUAGUCUCGCUGAAGGAUGGAAUGUUCAACAACGCCAACGUGCUAUUCCGGACCAAAUUCGUGGACGGCAUGUCCUCCGUCCAGCGCACCGUCAACUCCAGGAGAUGAUCCCGCCACGACUCGUCCGAAGACGCAAGUGAAAGCAGUGGCCCAAUGAGGACAACUGGACACACAUUUGUGUAUAAAGUACGAAAUGGUUACGAAAUAUUUUAAUAUAGAUAAUAUCACAAACAAUUUCGACGUUGAUGUUUACGUCCAAGUUGUGUAAAAUGUGCAAAAUAGGUACGAAAUAUUCCAGUAUAGGAAAGUGUGUUCUCCAUUUUUUUGAUGCGAUAUUUUAUAUCAAUUGGUCUAAUAUUAAAAGUGUAUUUCACAUGGUCGAUGCUAUCGAUAUAAUGUGCCUUGUUUGUUGAAAGUAUAAAGAACUUGUUGUGCCAUAAAAGAUUGUUUAAAUUCCAUAUGAUUGUUUUUCUGUUAGAUCGUGCAAUAGUUAGCUAUUGCCUUCACUGUUUCUCUGGAUAUGUAGGUAUAUCUACGAUUUUUCGAUGCAGUACAUUCCUUAUACAGCCGGGGCAUGUUAUUAAAUAUUUCGUAAACGUCCAUAAAUGAAAUGGUGCGGGCUUUUGGACCCACAUCUCAGUGCAUUGCACAAUAAUCUAGCUUUAAGUAUUUGUAAUUAUAAAGUACAAUAUUUUAAAA